UAAAGGUUGCCCCGACGAGGCGGAGGGCUCAGAGUCUGCUGGAGCGAAGAAGAGACAAGCGCGCGAUGGGGUGGCUCAGCUGGCCGGCUUUCCUGCGCUGCCGCGGCAAAGAGGAAUUCACGUUGUCCACGGAGAAAAUCGCUGACAAGGAUGACGAGAACACCGAGCGAGGAAACUGGUCAAGCAAAACGGACUAUCUCCUCUCUAUGGUCGGCUACGCCGUGGGUCUGGGCAACGUGUGGCGGUUUCCAUACCUGACCUACAAGAAUGGAGGAGGGGCGUUCCUGAUACCAUAUACCAUCAUGCUGGCUCUGGCAGGACUCCCUCUGUUCUUCAUGGAGUGUUCCCUCGGGCAGUUUGCCAGCCAGGGACCCAUUUCCGUCUGGAGGAUUCUUCCCCUUUUCAAAGGAGUCGGCAUCACGAUGGUGAUCAUCUCGUCCUGUGUGUCCAUUUAUUACAACGUCAUCAUCGCCUACUCGCUCUACUAUUUCUUUGCCUCCUUCCAAAAAACCCUCCCUUGGGCCAGCUGCCAUAAUGAGACGUGGGCUGAUUCCCGCUGCAGCAAGGAGAAGAUAGUGUUGACCUGCAAUGCAACAUACAACAACAGCAUCAUCCACAAAAAUUACACUUGGAUCCAAAGCCAGAACCUCACCUGCAUAGAUGGCAGCGAGUUUUUGAAAGACACCCAGGUCCCCAGCGAACAAUACUGGAACACACAGGUCCUUAAGCGUUCAUCGGGCUUAGAUGAAACAGGAGAGGUUGUGUGGUACUUGGCCCUCUGCCUUCUCCUUUCCUGGCUGAUCGUGGCAGUGGCAUUGUUCAAAGGCAUCAAGUCUUCUGGAAAGAUUGUCUACUUUACAGCGAUCUUCCCCUACGUCAUCCUGGUCAUCCUGCUGGUACGCGGUGCCACACUGGAGGGUGCUUUAGACGGCAUUCAGUAUUACAUUGGAGCCAACUCUGACUUCUCCAAGCUCAAGGAGGCCCAGGUCUGGCAAGAUGCGGCUACCCAGAUUUUCUUCUCUCUCUCUGUUGCAUGGGGCGGACUGGUUGCCCUCUCCUCCUACAACAAGUUUAACAACAACUGCUUCUCGGAUGCUAUCUUUGUCUGUGUGACCAACUGCCUCACCAGCGUCUUUGCCGGCUUUGCUAUUUUUUCCAUCUUGGGGCACCUGGCCUUUCUGACCGGCAAGAAAGUCUCCGAGGUCGUUGGUUCAGGGUUCAACUUGGCAUUUGUCGCCUACCCAGAGGCCCUGUCCCAGUUGCCCAUCUCUCCUCUCUGGUCCUUUUUAUUCUUCUUCAUGUUUCUGCUCUUGGGACUCGACUCCCAGUUCGCAACCAUUGAAACGGUCACAACCACCAUCCAAGAUAGCUACCCUCAAGUGAUGAAGAAAAUGAGGGUUGUGAUUACCCUGGGCUUGUGCGUUCUCCUCUUCUUUCUUGGGCUCAUCUGUGUCACACAGGCAGGAAUCUACUGGGUCAAUCUGGUGGACCAUUUCUGUGCCGGAUGGGGAAUCCUUUUUGCGGCAGUCCUGGAGAUCGUAGGAAUCAGCUGGAUUUACGGUGGAAACCGAUUUAUCCAAGAUGUAGAAAUGAUGCUUGGGAAGAAAAGCUUCUGCUUCUGGCUGUGGUGGAGAGUGUGCUGGUUCGUCAUCACCCCUUGUCUCCUGAUUGCAAUCCUGAUCUGGUCUUUGGUCACCUUUGAAGCCCCUACCUUUGGCAAGAUCGUGUACCCUACCUGGGGCUCUGCUGUUGGCUGGUGCAUGAUCUCGUUCUGCCUCAUCUGGAUCCCCAUUGUGGCCAUUUACAAGAUUUGCAAGGCACAAGGGAAUCUGUGGCAGCGUAUCGUCUUCUGCUGUAAGCCAGCACCCAACUGGGGCCCCUACCUGGAGUGCCAUCGGGGAGAAAGGUACAGCCAUAUGACCAACCCCGCCAAGGAAGGACGAGAUCUGGAGCUGCCCACCGUAGACGGCUACAUCCACAAACUGGAAUGA